AUGAACUUCAAAGGAAGUGAUUCAGUAGCGCACAAGCGAAAGGCAGGAAGAAAGAAGUUCAAAGAGACGCGCCACCCAAUUUACAGUGGGGUUCGUAUGAAGAGGAAAGAUAAAUGGGUUAGCGAAGUCCGGGACCCCAACAACAAGAAGUCAAGGAUAUGCGAAGCUCAAUUCCCCGACAGUGCUCAUGCCCUUCCGCGAGCUAAGUCGUCGUCGGCUAGGGAUAUUCAGCUGGCGGCUGUUCAAGCUGCUAGGGUUUUUCACCCCGCCUCACCCUCUUCCUCAUCAUCUACUAAAUCCCCAAGUUCUCAUCCAAAGUGGAAAGGAAGCCUUUCGGAAGGAGAGGUGAGUGAAUUGGAGGGUUCAGAUCAGAAGGUAGUGUAUAUCGAUGAGGAGGAACUGUUUAACAUGCCGGGUUUACUUGAUAGCAUGGCGGAGGGAUUGCUACUUUCACCUCCGGGGCUGGAAGAAAUCACAUCUGCAACUUGGGAUGAAAUGGCUACUUACGACAUGGACAUGGCUUUAUGGACCCUUUAA